AUGGUAAUUGUAGGUUUCUCAAACCUUAGGGGUUUUUUGCCUAAUUGCCAAACCACAGAGAAGAUCAACAAUGAAGAUUCAAGUCUUGACACUGCACGUGGAGUUGCUCCCAAGAGAGGAAUGGUUCUUCCCUUCACUCCCCUCACCACGUCCUUUGACAGCGUAAAAUACUUUGUGGAUAUGCCACCAGAGAUGAAGGAACAAGGAGUAACCGAAGACAGGCUCCAAUUACUUCGCGAAGUAACCGGUGCAUUUAGGCCCGGUGUCUUGACUGCCCUGAUGGGAGUCAGUGGGGCUGGAAAAACUACACUCAUGGAUGUUCUAGCGGGAAGGAAAACAGGUGGUUACAUCGAAGGUGAUAUCAGAAUUUCUGGAUUCCCCAAGAUUCAAGAAACAUUCGCUAGAAUUUCUGGAUACUGUGAGCAAACCGACAUCCACUCACCACAAGUCACCAUUCGUGAAUCUUUGAUUUACUCAGCUUUUCUUCGACUCCCUAAGGAAGUCAGCAAGGAGGAAAAGAUGGUUUUUGUGGAUGAAGUGAUGGAUCUAGUUGAACUAGACAACCUCAAAGAUGCCAUUGUAGGGCUUCCAGGAGUUACAGGUCUAUCAACAGAACAGAGAAAGAGAUUGACAAUAGCGGUGGAGCUAGUUGCUAAUCCAUCAAUCAUAUUCAUGGAUGAACCAACUUCUGGUCUUGAUGCAAGAGCAGCAGCUAUUGUUAUGAGAACUGUGAGAAACACAGUGGAUACAGGGCGAACUGUUGUUUGCACAAUCCAUCAACCUAGUAUUGAUAUCUUUGAAGCAUUUGAUGAGCUGCUACUGAUGAAAAGGGGAGGACAAGUGAUCUACUCAGGACCACUGGGACGGAAUUCUCAUAAGAUCAUUGAAUAUUUUGAGGCAAUUCCUGGAAUUCCCAAAAUUAAAGAAAAAUACAAUCCAGCAACAUGGAUGCUAGAAGCGAGCUCAGUUGCUGCAGAAGUCCGGCUUGGAAUUGAUUUUGCCGAACACUACAAAUCAUCAUCCUUGCAUCAACGAAACAAGGCUCUAGUGAAAGAGUUGAGUGUACCUCCACCAGGGGCAAAAGACCUCUAUUUCACAUCACAAUUUUCUCAGCACAAUUUGGGGCAAUUCCAAUCCUGCCUAUGGAAGCAGUGGUUGACUUAUUGGAGAAGCCCCGAUUACAACAUCGUGAGGAUGUUCUUCACCUUAGCUGCUGCCCUUAUGGUUGGAACAGUUUUCUGGCAGGCUGGCAAAAAAAGGGAUAACACGGGUGAUUUGACCACGAUCAUAGGGGCAAUGUAUGCUGCUGUCCUGUUUGUUGGAAUUAAUAACUGCGGGACAGUACAACCAGUAGUAGCUAUUGAAAGAACCGUAUUUUAUAGAGAAAAAGCUGCUGGGAUGUAUUCUGCAUUACCAUAUGCCUUGGCACAGGUAAUCACUGAAUUACCAUACGUGCUUGUUCAAACCAUCCUUUUUAGUCCUAUAGUGUAUUCUAUGGUGGGCUUCGAAUGGGCAGUGCAUAAAUUCUUUUGGUUCUUCUUCGUCACCUAUGCCUCUUUUCUCUACUUCACAUACUAUGGAAUGAUGACUGUUUCCAUCACACCAAACCACCAAGUAGCAUCUGUUUUGGCAGCCGCUUUCUAUGCACUCUUCAAUCUUUUCUCGGGUUUCUUCAUCCCUAGACCGGUAAUUUCAUUUUCCUCUUUUUGUUUUCUGUGCCUUUAG